ACCUAGUAGUUUCUCUUCCUUCGCUCAUGCUUUCCGGGUGUUCUAUCUCUGAAGCUAUUACCAAGUGAUUUGAUUCAUUCUUUGAGACUACUAUAAACAUUCAUUGUUAUUUUGACUCUUUUUGUCUCAUUCCAAAGAGACUUGAUCAUAUCGUUAUCAACAUCCUUUAGGUAGUGCUGACGCCAGACUCCUGAAUUUUUUGACCCCUGGGAAAAUCAUUAUUAAAUCCUAUUGUUGAUUCUUUCAUUGACUUGAAGCUGGCUUUCAGAAAGUCAUUUUGUUUUAUGAUACCCAACAAGAAAUAAUACUAUCGCUUUAACCAUUGUGGCUGCUUCGUUUGAAGUAGUACCUACCUCGCAUUAGUAGCAAGCAAGCGCCACUUUGGCAAACUUGGAAACACCUUUUUUGGUUUAAUUUCUUCUGUUGAAUCCACAAUGUUACGAAAACUCACAACACUACUUACCUUUGGCUCGGCCUGCGCAUUGCCAUCAUCCCUCAUGGCCCGCCAAAAUAACUCCACCACCGAGUCGCGCAAACUCAUUAUCGGCGCUCCAUUUCAGAUCCUCACCGCCGACUUCGAUGGAUCUCAAUUCUCCAUAACCGGUAAUCACACCGCCGUCGGAACCGCGCCGAGUUGGUUACUCUACAACGCACCAAACCGUCUAUACGCCGUAAACGAGAAUGCGAACGACACUAGUCUCUUCACGCUUGGCUCCGCGAACGCUUCCGACUUGACGCUCUCAUCUGCAGCCAGUGGCUCCUCCGGCGUCGUAUUCCUCGAAUUCAAUGCCGAUAAGACGCGAAUAGUCGGCGCAGCAUAUGGUAGCGGUCGCAUCGAUAUAUGGGACGUAUCCGCGCCCGACGGCAGUCUCAAGCUUCUAAAAACCAUCGUUAUACCCGGCGAACCCAACCCCGCAGAAGGCGCGCAUCACCCGCACCAAGCGCUCCUCGACCCUACCGGACGCUUCUUCGUCGUGCCUAAUCUAGGCGGCGACAGCAUUCUCAUUGUCGACGGCGAAUCUGAUAAAUGGGAAAUCGUGGGCACUGUUAAGUUGCCGACAGGUACCGGCCCACGCCACGGUGGGUUCAUCACAAGCGGCAAAACCACAUACUACGCCCUCGCCUCCGAAUUAACGAGCGAACUAUUCCUCUUCGAACUCGCGUACCCAGGCGACACAAUCGAUUUCAAACAACUCCAAGUCCAAAGCACAUACGGCACCGACCCACCCGCCAACUCCAGCUCCGCGGCCGCGGGCGAAUUAAUCGUCGCUGCGAACGGAAAGGACGUAUACGUAUCGAACCGAAUCAGCGGGAACGAGACUGAUAGUAUUGCGCAUUUCGUAUUCAACUCCAAUUCCAACAGCAGCGCGAGUCUCGAUUACGCGGAAUUCGUAUCGACAGGUGGUUUGCGACCACGUAUGUUUAGCUUGAGCAAAGAUGAGAAGCAGAGCUUGGCUUUCGUCGCGAAUCAGGGCGGUGAUGUGGGUUUGCUUGCGCUGAAGAGGUGUGCGGAUUCUGGCGCGUUGAAUCCUACGCCGGUUGCGACGGUGCCGUAUCAGACGCUUGUUGCGCCACGGUUGGCUGAGACGGAGUAUAUGGGACCGCAGUUUGUGCUGGAGAUUUGAGAUAAUCUAAGAUAAGCUGAGGUGAGGGAGUGGUUAGGCGGUUAGAUGCGGAGGGAUGAUAAAGACGAAAAGCGUGCUUAGAGAAAAAGCACUCGCAUUGAUCAUGGCGUUGGGGUUUUUACUGUGUUAGCUUAAUAUUCUAUUACCUGGCCCUCGAGGGCAUUACAAAAUCGAUUUCGUUGUCUUCGUUAUCCCUAUGUUCUGCUGGUUUUGCUAUGUGAUUCUCGGAGUCGUCGCUGUCAAGGGAGGGAGUGGGUCACUGGUAGAUAUCCCUGGUUGAGCCUCCUCUAUUAAUAAAUACCGGAGAUAACAGCUUGCAUGGAAGAUGUCUAGUUCCAACAUGAUUAAUAUUGUUGGUGUUGGUGUCGGUGCCGCAAUAUGGUGCUUGGCUCGCUGCGCCGCUUGGAGGGUGAUGGGUCUGGCUUCUACCCUCCCUCUGGGUUUUGUUCAUAGCCUGCCGUUUUUCCCGAGUUGGUCUCGCUAAAAGGAACUAAUUUUUAGAUAUCAUGAGUCGGGUUUUGAUCGUGAAGCCCCGAGAUAUUUCUAGAAUCCCGAGUAGUUGGCCUAUUCAUCGAUGGUGUUGAGUAAGUUUCGAGAAUGCUCUCUAUAUCGGCACUACAGAUGUCGCCGGAUAGGGUAUAUGAUCUGGCAAAUAGUGUUUAUCGCCC